AGGACUACCCGGAUCUAGCGGCUGUCGGUUAAUCUGUUUGUUUAUCGAUAAAUGAACUGCACGUCUAAAGGCGCCUGUAGAAAAACAAGUGUGUAUGGGAGUGGUUAAAAAUGUGCCGGCGACAAUAUCAGUUUGGUUGGCUUCAGUUCGACAUUAGACAAUGACAUGUAACAUAUUUUGGGGGGCUUGCAGCAGUGAGGUGUGUCCCUUUGGUUGUUUCAGCCGGGAAGAAAAUUUUAACACCUUAAAAACAUUAAUAUCACCCUUAAUAUCACCCUGAAUAUAAAAAUAAUUAUAUUUUUGAAUUCAGCGUGUCAACAUUAACAAAGUCUACGAGUACACUGCUCGAUUUAUUGCUUAUUUGCAGUUAUAUUUUUCUUUAUUUGUUGUAUUUGAUAAGUUCAGGUCACGUGUGCUGUUCUGUGCUCCGCCUUGACAAAAGGGUGGUGUGGGUGUCCGGAUACACACCGUGUUCUGUUAACUGACGGGUUUACUUGACGGUUCAAGUCGAACUAUUAUUCAAACUGGAGACACAUCCAGGUGCAGCUGACUGCGGCAGACAUGGCGACGUCGAUCAAAGAUGUGGACUUGUCUGACAAAAGGCUACAGGAAAUCCUCAGUGUAGCAAAUGACUGGGCACUUUGCAAUGGGACCAGUAUAAAAUCUGGCGCAAAUGGAGUUGAAGCAGAAAAAGUCCUCCCAGCUCCCUACUCUCUGUUUCCCAGCGUUGUUCCGGCUCCUAUCUUAGAGCACGCGAAGUCUACCAUGACUCACUUCAACCGGCUCAUGCACAAAGUCUCUAUGGACCAUGAGUUUUUAGAACAGUCUUUGAAAAAUGUGAUUCAAGUAGACCCUUUCAUGCUGAGCUUAUGGAACGUCUACUGUAAAGUCAGGGAGUCGGGGAUCAAGCAGCCGCUUCAUCUCGGCUUGUUCCGAAAUGACUUCAUGCUGAACUGUUUAGAUGAUAGCGUAUCUCCUGGUCAGAUUGUCAGCGCAGACCGGUUAGUGCUCAAGCAGAUUGAGUUCAAUACCAUCGCUACAAGUGGUGGGGGAAUCGCGAGCCAGAUUACAGAUUUGCACAGACUAUCUCUCGGAAUGGCAGGGAAAGACUUUAAACCGGAACAGCUUCCUGACAACAAACCUGCUGUGGGACUUGCCGACGGCUUGGUUAAAGCGUGGGAACUCUACGGAAAUCCCAGAGCUGUGAUCAUAUUCGUAGUGGGUACCUCGGAGCGAAAUGUCAUUGAUCAGAGAUGGCUGGAAUUCAAAGUUUACGACCGGAACCCGAAUAUCCGGAUUCUACGCAAAUCGUUCUUAGACAUUUAUGACCACGGCCUUUUGGAUGACGAGACCAGACUCAUUUUAGAUGGAGAUGAAGUAGCACUGAUCUACUUGAGGGAUGGAUACACAGCAGAAAGCCACACUUCUCAAAAGGAAUGGGACGCCCGGCUGAAGUGUGAACUGUCUCGUGCCAUCAAAUGUCCCUCUGUACAACUUCAGCUGGCCGGGGCCAAGAAAAUCCAACAAGAGCUGACUCGGCCCGGGGCUCUGGAACGUUUUGUCUCUGACCCACAGGUGGUCAACACACUGAGGGACACCUUUGCUGACCAGUACAGUCUGGAUCUGAACCAAGAAGGGGAUGCUGCCGUGAAGCUCGCCCUGCAGUCUCCAGAGAAAUUUGUCUUGAAACCCCAACGUGAAGGUGGAGGUAACAACUUGUACAAUGAUGACAUCACCAAUUUCUUCACGGAGCACAAUCGCUCCAAAGAGCGGAGUGCGUACAUUCUGAUGGAGAAAAUAUCCUCAUGGCAACAGAAGAACUAUCUUGUCAAGCCUGGAGUCCCUUUUGCUUUGUCAGAUGUCGUCAGUGAAUUGGGCGUAUAUGGAGUAUACAUUGG